AUGUCCAGCUCUGACUACAAUCGCAAAACCCUAAGCAACUACAAGCAUUUUGCGGAGUUUAUGCGCGACCAAGAACCUACUAUGGACCGAGAGGAAGAACGCCGACGGCAUGAAGACGAGGAACGAUACGAUGAAGAAGAAUCAGUCAUGGAAACCUCAUUCCCAGAAUCAGCGGUAUCUCAAGAACAUCAGGUGAUCUAUAGCGAGCUGCCGCUCCGUGGAGAUACCUUGACACUCCCAACCCUUGUACAGCGUCAAGCCGAUACCAUGCAUAUUACUUCGACGGGUCGUCACGACCGCGAGGUGUUUGCAAACAUGAUCACCUACAGUUACCGUACUAGAAGUACCCCUCAGCUGAAAACAGUGACUGGCGAGCUCACGCAUGUACUCAAUACUCUCUACAUCAGAAUAAAUGGCCUUGAGAAGUUGAAUACUGAUCUCUCGGACAUGUUAGGAAAUGCGCAUGCUGCUUUGAUUUUGGAGCGUCAAGGGGGCAGACGGCUUUCACCCUCUUCUGCGAGUACCUAG